GCAAUAGUAGUAGGAAGCGAGGCGCACUGCUAUUUUUAUUCUCGCCCUUAAAAUAAAGAAGAAAAUUAUUCUUGCUUAGUUUAAGUGCUGGCGAUUCGCAGUGCUUCCUGUUUUAUUCGCUGUUCAUUACUGUUAUUAGGCUUAGCAAAUACCAAACAGCGUCACCGUGCGGUGCGAUAAGACAAAAUGGAAAAGGUAGUUCUCACGACGUACCGAAAGCUGUACAAGAUGUGCUGCCGCAUCGAUGCAAGCGUCGCCAUGCGAACACAACUCGUGUGCUGCCCUUUGCAGGUGUACGACCAUCGCUUGAUGGAGUGGCAGAGCUUCGAUCUCAGUCAAAUGGACUGGGAGGAGUCGCGGUCGUACUUGGAUGGCCUCAUUCGCCGACUCAACAACGGCUGUCCGCAGUACAUUCCGCCACUGCCGGAAGAGGCAGCGCGCGCGGUCGAGGAGUACAAGCUACAGUGUUCGUAUAUGUUUGCGGAGGAGGAGGAGAGAAAGGCUGCGGAGGCGAAGAGCGCGACGGCGGCAGCGGCAGCAGCAGCAGCGGAAACGGACCCCCAGAGCAACACCGCCACCGCGUCAGCGUCUACAUCAGGCGAGGGUUCCGCCGGUGGUACCCGCAGCAGCGCGAUCCCGUUGAACGUGCUGCCGUACAGCAAACUCACCGUUGCCCUUCGCCAAAUCUACGAGGAGACACCCUUCUCCAUGAGCAACGUGGCCAACAGCUUCGCGGUCGUCAAGGAGCUGCAGUACGUCGGUGACUUGGAUGAUGCGGGGAGGGCAAGUCUGGUCACCCUGGGUCCCGCCCCCUCCGCCGAAGGAGCGGCGCCGUUUUCCCCGACCAGCGACAUCCCGCAGCUGCAGCGGGCACUGGAGGUGGCGCUGCUGCACAACUCUCUCAUCCACGGGCUGAGCGCCGAGCAGCGCGUCUCGCUGGAUCGCCAGUCCCGCCUGGUGCGUCGCGCCGCGAAGAAGAGCAAAAAUGCCCCGCCAGCGUCGAUGGCAGCGGCGACGGCGGCGGCGGCGGCUGGGCUGCUAGCGGGACGCCGCUCUCCCCGCAACGCCUUCGAAGAAGCGGCGAGUUUGGCGGCCGAGGAGAUGAUGGACGAGGACGACGAGGACGACGAGGCGGCGGUGGACCUGUCCGAUAAGGUGGAGGGCGACGAGCCGGCGGAGGAGCAGGCCGCGGCACCAGCGACGCCGGCGGGCGACGAGUUGAGUGGUAGCCUGCCCAGCGCGGCGGAGCUGGUCGAGGAGCCAAAGAAUGUGCAGCUCCUCCUGUCGCACCCCACCGCCCGCGGCUUCUUCCGCCGCACCGUUUUGCUCAUGGUGCGCCACGUCGCCCACGAGUCCGCUGCCUUUGUGCUGAACAAGCCGCUGCGCAACGACGAGGGGGCGGAGAUGACGAUUGAAGCCACCGUCCGCCUCGGCCGCGUCCAUCCCAUCUUCCGUCGCCACCUCUCGCAGCACACACUGAUGAUCGGCGGGCCGGUGAUGGCGGGCAGUUCGUUUGAUGAGAGCAUCUUUCUCCUGCACCGUGUGCCGGGCAUCCCCAAUGCGCUGCCGCUCGGAUCGGGUCUGUGGAUGGAUGGGGAUUUGGAUGUGCUGAUGGCGAAGUUAGACGCGAAGGAGGUCUCGGCAGAGCGGGACAUCAUCGUCCUCUGCGGCUUCGCCGGCUGGGGCUUCGACCAGCUGAAGGGCGAACUGGGCAACGGCUACUGGGUCGUCGCCAGCGGUCCCAGCUACAACCCGGACAUCGGCUCUUUUGUCAUGUCCCUCGCCCACACCACGACGGGGCAGCAUCCGCAGCAGGACGGGCAGCGGAGAGGUGGUGCUGCUGAGGUGGGUGAUGUCGAGAAGUCCGCUGCUUCUCCUCCUACUACAACUGCCGCGCCAAGCGACGCAGCGGCAGUGGCGGACGUUCCUUCGCCGUCAGGGGAGACGGGGAGGACGUCCGACGAGGAGAGCAUUCGCGCCCAGGCCCAGCGGGCGGCUGACGCAGCCGCCUCCCGCGCCAUCCCGGCCCUCAAGUACCGUCGCCGCCGCGCGGAGUCUGGCAAAGGAAAGGGCAACCGUAUCGAGACGCUGUCGUGGGUGCGCGCGUACGCCUCGCUGGGCGAGCCGUACUCGGCGAUGGCGAUGAAUCAGAAGGCGUAUGCCAAGGAUGACGACUUCCAGGAAUGA